GAACGUAAAUAUAAACAAGAUUGAAGUAUAAAAGCUGCUAAACAUGACAAAAUUUAUAUAUUAAAUAAACAUGAGUGAGAAUAUUUCGGACAGCAGUGAUUCCACGGUAUUUACAGUUCUUUGUGUGUACCAAAAUUCCAGUGAUAAAAUAAAGACAAAAGAAUUUUUGGAAGCUUGUUCGGAUGCCGUAUCCAUUAUUGAGAGGUUUGGAAAAGCAUUUGCUCCAGUUGUACUUGAUAUGCAAGGAAAUAUUCAGAAACUGAAAAGAGAACAUGAGAAAGAUGUGACUUCUAAUAUGUAUGUGGAAGACAUGAUCCUCAGAGAAGGAUCUGAAGUUGGUUUAGCAACAGAGGCUCUUAUGUGGUUAAAAAGAGGACUACAUUUCCUUUCAACAUUCUUCACGUUGAUAUUGGAAGAUAGUCAAUCAGAAAAGCCAUCGAGUGAUUUAGGCCCACUUCUAAAGAAAGCAUAUACCGCCACAUUAAAGUCUCACCACGGAUGGCUUGGAGUUCAACUGUUUAACAUACUGUCUCGUUUUAUGCCCAAUAGAAAGCAUUUAAUGUUCACUUUAGCUCUGGAUAAAGACAAUCACGAGCAAAUUGUUAUAAGAGAUAUGAAAGUAUAUACCCAACAUUUUUCGGCAACUAUUCAGAGGCUAAAUGAAUUUUACUAUAGUAAUGGAUUGGAAAUUCGCACUAAUACAUAGAUUUGUUGUGUUGUUAAAUUUUUUUGUUUUAUUUUUUAUAAAGUUUAUUACCUGAUUGUCAAUGUAAUUUUUGUAUUAUGGAUUAUAUUUUUUCCAAUAAAAAUUUUAUUGCUGUCAGGAGUUAAUCCUCCAAAA